AUGUUGCUGAACAACCCAGCGCCCGAGGAGGUGACCGCAGUGCGGCAAGAAAUCUCAUAUCUUGCAGCGCAGGGUGAAGUCUACGAUGAGAACAUUCCAUUCGGCGAGGGAGCUUUCCAGAAAAGAGUACUUAUCAUGAGCGUCUUCGCCGGUGCCAUCAUGUAUGCGCAGAACCUGCUGUUCCGGAUGUCGUGGCUCGAGAUGGACCACUGGUGCCGCCGGACGAACGCUUACUCCAACAUGAGCGUGGCCGCAUGGAAGGAGUUGGCCAUUCCGCUUUACCCCAACGGAAGCUACAGCCGCUGCACGACGCGCGUUCCACCGGACGGCGGCACGUGGGCCCGCGUAGAACCUUGCGUUGAAUGGGAGUUCGACCUGGACGAGCACGGCAACACCGCGGUUAGCGAGUGGAGCGUUGUGUGCCAGCGUCGUCGUCUCGCCGACGCCGCCCAAGUGGCACACGUCGUCACCAUGACCAUCACGCUCCUGGCACUGGGCCCUAUAGCCGACCGCAUUGGACGCAAGACGGUGGGGGUCCUGGCGCUCGCGGCUCUACUGCUCACGCUCUCGGCCGCCGCCGUCGCGACCGACCUGCAGACAUUCAUCGUUGUGCGUUCAGUCGCAGCGGCUGCGUCGGCUGGCCUCUUUGUCCUCAGCGUCCUGCUGUACGAGAUAACGACAACGACCCGCCGACUGCUUUACACCACCAUCGGCUCGGCUCUUUCGUUUGUCAUCUCCCGGGUGUGUCUAUCUUUGGCGCACGCGUGGAAAGCGAGCUGGUCGGCGUCGCACAUGCUCCUUGCAUUCUUUGCCUUAGUCCUCCUCGUGGCUUUCCCCGUCCUCGACGAAUCACCAUCUUGGCUGAUCGCUGCGCACCGCGAAGACGAAGCCAGGCGCGUCGCAGUGAGAGUAGCCAACGCCAACGACGCCCCCGUGAGCCACUGCCAUGAGUUCUUCAAGAGACACAUGUACAGAGUACAACAAGUACCUGACGGAACCACAGGGACAAGCCAAGGUAGCAGCGGGAAGAGAGCGAACCUCACAAGGCCGUAUGUACUCACCGCUUUCAUCUGGACCGUCCUGGGCUUGACUUCUGUCCACUUCGACAGCAGCCACCCCACCGCGCAUAGCGCCUAUGUUCGCGCCUUGAUCGAUCUCGGCAUAGCGCCCUUGCUCGUCGCUGUGUGGCCCCAUCUGGAGAAUGGCCGGCGUUUAAGGAACGUGGCGGCAUGCGCCGCACUCGUGUUCAGCAGUUCGUCAGCGCUGCUGUUCUCCGCGUACACCGAAUACAACACUGCCUUGGCCACAGUGCUGUUGAUCGUGAUGCGCCUCGCGUCCAUACUUCUCGUCGUUCUCGAAUUCUACCUCACUCUCGCCGCGUUUCCGACCGAGUCACGGUCCACCGGUUCCUGCUUAGGCCUAGCUUCCUUCUGGAUAUGCAAUUUGAUCGGACUAGUAAAGUUCCGCGGCGUCCUCAAGAGGCGCGAAGACAACUCGCUCAUGGUCGAAACUGUGCUAAUGGCGAUGACUGCUAUGGCCACCAUGUACAUGCCUUCAGAGGACGCCUGCCCUUCACGAAGUAUGGACUCCUUGGCCGCCGCGUCAUUGCCCUCCAAAACGAGUCCUUUCAGCGGCGGACAGCCUCCGUGUUCUGCAGUGGUAUCGCUGGCUGCCGAGGAUCAGCCCAAAGCGUCGCCAGUGGAUGUGCGCACGGCAUCCAGGAAGAAGUCAAGAGCCAAUAAGAUGCCGGAGCAGUUCGCUGUGCGCCCUUCCAAGUUUCCAGUGAACUGGUAA